AUGACGGUCUUCGGCGACCUUCAGCCGCUGUGCUCGCACGUCCCGUCCUACUACCUCUGCAACCUCUUCUACCGCCAGUUGCUCGAGAACAAUGACCAGAACGUCCUCAACGGCGCGUCUGCUAUCCAGGUCUCUGCGCCGAUAGGGAUCAACCCGGAGUGUGGGACACUGCGCCUGGGCCAGAACGGCUCGCUGGGGAACAUCGCGAACAUCGUCGUCUGCGGCCUCAGCUUCUUCUUCACCCUCGCACUCGUCUACCUCACAAACCGUAGAAAGGCUGCAGUCGGUCGCGUCGAGCUCACGGCGUUCCUCAUCGCCUACCUUAUCACCCUUCCCCUCCAGAUCCUUUCCACAGGCUCUUUCUUGGAACAAGGAUCGACUGCUCUCACGGCUAUUACUGCCGUACAUGCCGGAACCGUGGCAGCCCUCUUCUGGACACUCCUCGGCAAUGCAAUCGUGGCAACACAAGUCGUAGAGGAUGGGACCCUGAGCUCCCUGAUCCCUUUCACAUUCUUCACCCUCGCCUUUUUCGUGGCCACGACCUACAUCUGCCUCGACACGGGCUUCACUUUCACACAGACCUUCGCGCCGUCGUCUGAGCCGGCCUCGUUGCACUCUAUCGGUGUAUUCAUUCUCACCAGCAUAUGGCCCGGCGCGGCAGCCCUGCUCUAUUUCAUCCUCAUGAUGUGGGUCGUCGUCGGGAUGCUGCGGGAGUACAGGCCGAUGCUCUUCUACUUCCUCGCCGCGGUGCUCUUCGUACUGAGCCAGCUGGACUUCUUCCUGCUGAACCGUGUCAUCUGCAACGGCACGAGCGCCGCAGUUGACGGCACAUUCGUGGCAACAUUGCUCGAGACAGCCGCCGUACUCGUAUUAUACCUCGCAUGGAAGAGCAUCACAGAAGAGUCCUGGGACGACGAUAUUUACUACCGCUAG